AUGGCGGAUAUCACGGCGGUGGAUGAGACUAUCAAGCGCCUCGCGUCCUAUAAAGGGGUGCGGGGCAUCUUGGUGGCCACCGCCGACGGCGUCCCGGUGCGGACAACGCUCGAGCAGGAUGCCGCUCAGCAGUAUGCAGCCCUGGCCACCACACUCGCCAGUAAAGCUCGGAGUAUGGUUCGUGAGAUAGCGAGCGACGACGAGCUGCAAUUCCUGCGGGUGCGAAGCCGGCGAGGAGAGAUCAUGAUCGCGCCAGGCGCCGACAAGGAGAGACAGUACUGCUUGGUCGUGGUGCAGAACCCUGUCUCGGAAUAA